AUGCUUAUUAACGUUAGACUCAUAACUGAAAAUCUACUCCAGCUUGAAGUUGAACCGCAUACUACUAUGAAGCAACUUAAGUAUCUGAUAGGAGCUUCUCAAGGUUGUCCACCAGAAGACAUCGUAUUUGUUUUUAUGGGCAGAGCUCCUGAUAAUGCCACCAUUGAAAGCCUCGGUAUCAAUCAAUAUUCAUUAGUUAGGUUUGGCAUUUAUUGUCAUGAUCUUAAAGAAGCAGAUUGGAAAUAA